AAAAACACAGAGAAAAAAACAAACGGCUAGUCAUUCGGCUAUGCUCAUCGUUUCUUUUCCGUCUUAUUCUUUUUUUUCGUGCCUUUCCUAUUCCGGCGCUGCCACCUGCGCCAACUGCCCGGCACUGCUCCUCGCCAGCUGCACCGGCUGCGUGCCCCUCACAUCCCGAACAGAAACGGUGCCUCGACACCCAAUGAACCACAACGUCAACACCACAAGGCGGCCGCUUCAAAACAGACCAUCCCCCCUUCUCUCUGCGUAUCGUUCCCCUCCUUUUCCCCUCGUGCCUUACCAUUCUCCGCACGGGCCCAAGACCAAUCGCUUCCAGUCAAGUGGCGACCAGUCUGUAAGCCAGCAUCUUUCAGCCGUGAAUCCUCCCUAUGGCCAUGAGCUCGCUUCUCACUUUUACCACAAACGUCUCUCUCAUCAGCAUCACCGUCACGCCAGGCACCUUUGUCGCCUGUGUCAUCGUCUUCUUCUGCUUCGUGGCCCUCUAUAUUCCGUGGACGCCGGUACUUCGCCUCCCGCAGCGCCUGUCCCUGCCCUCUUUACCGCUCCGCCAACAACAGCAGCCGCAGCCGCAGCACAUCUAUAGCCCGCAGGGCCGUUCGGCCGAGAAGCAGCAUCGCUUCUCAUCUUCCAAGUAUAGAGAACUCUCGCGGUCUCCUAAACAGUUAGUCUUGCGUGACUUUUCGCUGCUGUCGUCGCGCAACGGCAGAGCCAGCUACGAUAACAAAGAUGAUGAAGUCAAUGUCGGAGCCGUCCGACGGCAUGGACGCUUCCUUAAGGAACUUUGGGGACCCGAUCAGCCCAAACCUACUUUCAAGGCGCUGCUCGACGCUCCCGAGCAGCGAACCAGCGACGGAUCACGAUCCGUACGAAGACGAGGAGGAUUCGGAAAUCGCUUCCGUCGCUGGUGGCUACAGUCCGCCCGCAUGGAGAAGACUCGACAACGGAGACCGCAGCAGCGGCUUCUGGAGGGGUCCCCACGAUGAUUUGCUUGCCGCCAUGCCGCCUCUGCUUGGUGCUCCCGAAUCCGACUACGAGGAUGAAGAAAGUGAAGUCCUGGACCGCGCCAUUCGCACAAGGUUGCCUCGUGGCAGUCAGAGCCCAGCCAAAGGUAGAAGUCCAAGUCCUCAGCCGGCGGAUGAGAAAACAUUACGAGUUCAUAUGCCAGACACCAUUACCGAAGUAAAGACGUUGCCGCUCAAUAGUUAUGUUCGAUUUGACAUGCACGCCGAGCUUCAAAAUGGAGUUGAGCCUAUAGUGGCUCUCUACAAGCAACUGCAACAAUAUUAUCGCUCAGCCACAGCAACCUGGUCUUCGACCUUUUGUUCUAUUAUCGUUGGCCUCGCAGCAAUUGGCAUGGUUCGUUUACUUCUAGAGCCUGCGUCUCGCCGUCCAGCUGGAGACCUUGUUAAGGUAGCCGGUGUGGCUAGAUCCUUUGAACCGCUUAUUUAUUACUCAGAGAGCGCUGUACUGCAAGUACAUGAGCUGCAAGCAACAAGCGUUGCUGUGUGGGAUCUCAGCGAAAGCGUGCGGUCCAGCGACAUGCGCGAUGCGGCCAGCAUCGUAUCUGACCUAGACGCACUGAGCGACACUAUGAAAACACUGUCCAUAGAGAUGACAAAAUUCUUCUCAAGAGUUGACGGCGAUAUAGAUGGAAUCCUUAAUGUCAUGGAUUGGGUCAAGAUGCAUCUGAAACGAUUUCAGAGCACAAGCACACCAUCAACAAUAUCAUCAACAUACGAUAAACUCCACGGUCUUCUUUCAUCCGCGCACAUCUUUGAAAAUUCAGCGGGCGAGACCACAGCCAUUGGCAACAUGGCCACUUAUAUAUUCGGCAUGAGCCAGCCCCAGCGCGAACAACGGCUCGUGCAACUUUUAUUCACCGAGUUUCUCACCGUCCUCGAAGAUAGCAUCCAAGCAGAGCUCCAGCACAGCGUAACGCUCUUUGCUCUCUUCGAGGCUGUCGACCGCCACUUCCUAAAUCUCGCCCGCACCGUCGUCCGCGAAACCUCGACACAAGAAGAGCUUCAUGCAGAUAUGCUCUCCGGCCUCUGGGUUCGUAUUCUUGGUGCUCGCGCUGAGGAGCUACGCAAGUUUGAACAAAACCGAAGACUGCUACACAACGUCCGUGACAAGACUGUCCGAAAUAAGCACACCCUUGUCACACACCAGUCCAAGCUUUUAGUCCUGCGUGCAUCACUGGAAUCACUUCGUGGCAAGCUUGUGUCGCCACUCGUCCGCGGCUCCAAUGCUACACAGCUUACACUAGAUGACCAAAUAUACGGCCUUAGCUCUGUCAGUGAGUAUCUCACUGACCUACGAAGCAAGCAAAAAGGAAAGGUUAUGGAAACGCUAUUUGCAAGCGUUCCUUCCGCAAAGCUAUUGAUUGAAGAAGGGGAGCCUGUACGCAUUGAUAGCCCGUAACCUCCAUGCGGUUGUCUAUUUCAAAUAUGUCUCUUUUUCAUCAGCAUUGGCGUUUUGGACAGCAUGGGUUCCACCAUCUACAAAUAAUUUACAUAGAUUGAAUAACACGUUUUAAUACACGAGACCAAACUCCCGGUUUCGACGCUAUUAACAUUCACUUUGAACCGGUGCAAAACAACGUAAAGUCAAAGGCAGCAGAGUUCU